GUUCCGCAUCUAUCCAAAACAGAAACAAAACACCGAUAUAUUUACAAGGCCAAUUCAUCGAUAGGUCGGUAAUUCACACAGUUUAUUUGCUACCAUAACAAUUGAAAACAACGUGCAUUGAAGAAUAUAAGUAAUAAAAACCUACAAAUAUGCCGUCUAAAAUGAAGCCUCGUCUGUCCCGCGGCGUCUUGGACAUGAAGUUUAUGCAGCGCACCAAACUGAAAGUGGCCAAGGAGGAUGACGAUGAACAAAGUCGCGCAUUAUAUUCCAAUGAGCUCAAUACUAAAAUGUUAAAUAGCAAUUCGAAUUUCAUAAUUGAGCCAAGUUAUGCGAUUUGUGAAGGCUUGAUUGAUGGACGUCUUAGCUUUCGCGGGAUGAACCCAGAGAUAGAGCGUUUAAUGGAACUGGAGCAGGUGGAAAAGGAUGGCAAAUCGCGACCCGAACAGCCCAAAGAGGUGACCGAUCAGGAGAUGGUGGAAACUUAUUAUGCGAAUCAAGCGCCGGCUGCAAGCAAAACAAUGGGCAAGAAAUUCAGUACGAAAAAUGAGUUUCAUAAGCGUAAGUCAAAUGAACAACAACGAUUGCACAAAAAAGGACAAUUUAAAAAGCCGCGCCAAGAUGACGAAUAA